UGACGUAUGGCAGCACAGGAAGCAUCUAAUUUUCACAAUGUGAGUCAGUUAGCGAGUCGAUAGAAGUUUUAGCAUCGAGUGAGGAGGAGAGAGUUACUGCAUGUGUGUGUGUGUGUAUAUAAAUAUAUAAAUAUAUGUGCGUGUGUGAGAAAGAGAGAAAGAUAAGAGUUUAUAAACGAAAGGAAAAGUAAAGGAAGAGUUUAACACUCGCACACACAAACACAGAGAGGAAGGCCAGAUGUGCAGCGCGUGUGUGCUGCUGAGUUCUCGCGAGUUCUGGCGUGAAUAAACUCCCGGAGGAAACUCGUGUGUAGCUGGCCAUGGCGCAGAACGGUGUUGUGCAGUAUGAGCCAGUGGCGGAGAUCGGCGGUGGAGCCUAUGGGACGGUGUAUAAAGCGCGGGAUAAAGAGAGUGGGAAAUUCGUGGCCCUGAAGAGUGUCCGAGUGCAGACGGACCAUGAGGGGCUCCCUCUGUCCACUGUGAGGGAGGUGGCCCUACUCCGGCGCCUUGAACAGUUCGAUCAUCCCAACAUCGUCAAGCUGAUGGAUGUAUGUGCGAGUUUGAGGACUGAGCAGGAGACGAAGGUGACGCUGGUGUUCGAGCACGUGGAUCAGGAUCUGAAGACGUACCUGGAGAAAGCUCCAGCCCCUGGCCUGCCUCUUCACCAUAUCCGGGAUCUGAUGCAUCAGUUGCUGUGUGGUUUGUCGUUCCUCCACUCUCACCUUGUUCUCCAUCGGGACCUGAAGCCUGAGAACAUCUUGGUGACGAGUCGCGGGCAGAUCAAGCUCGCUGACUUCGGACUGGCUCGAAUAUACAGCUGUACUAUGGCUCUGACACCUGUGGUGGUGACACUGUGGUACCGUUCCCCUGAGGUUCUGCUUGGUUCUAGUUAUGCCACACCUGUGGAUCUGUGGAGCACUGGCUGCAUCUUCGCUGAGAUGUUCAUGCGCAAGCCGCUGUUCUGUGGAGAAUCAGAAGUGGACCAGCUGACCAAGAUCUUUUCUGUAAUUGGUCUGCCCAGCCAGGAGGAGUGGCCUAAUGAUGUCACAUUAUCACGAGAAAACUUCAGUCCUCAGCAUCCUCAACCAAUCACAGACCAGAUUCCUGAGUUAACCAAUGAGGCAGCAGAUCUGCUCAUGAAACUCUUGACCUUUGACCCCCUGAGACGGAUCUCGGCACUAACGGCCCUGGAGCACAGCUUCUUCUCUGAUCCAUCGGAUGUCUGUUAAAGGCAACACCUCUGGCUGCGUUACAGACAUGACGGGGACCAAAACCUGACUUUUAUCUUUUUUUAAUGUUUGUCACGUUACAGCAUGGCUUUUAAUUUUAUUUUCUUACUGUAGUAAACCCUUCGCGGUGGUGCUUGCGGUUCUGACCGAGUCCGGAUAUGGGAUAUGGGUGGUGGGGUGGUGAAUGCAGUUCAUCGCUUCAUCAGUGGAGCUGUCAGUUAGACAGCACUGGCAUUUAUUUCAAACAAGCCACUGACACUUCAGCUGUACGCUAAACACUGCCAGAGUUAACGACCGCAACGGCCUGAUCGCGCCCAUCACUGUGCCGUUAGCCACGUUAACAAUAUUAGCCACAUUAGUGUCGUAACUCCAGUCAGAAACUUCCCAUCUCCUGACCUAGCUCACUGAAUAGGUUCAGGCAGAAAGGGAGAUUUUAUCUUUAACUUUAAGUUGAACUGUUUGUUUUGUUUGUUUUUUGUUUUUUUUAAAGAAAGUCAUUAAUUGAAUCAUUUCACACACAAACACAUCAGAUCCAGGAAUAAAGGAAUAAUUCCAGACCCUUGUGUUACGUUCGGCGUGUUAGUCACAUCCUGCACACACAUCUAACUGUUAUUUUUUUAACAGUUAAUCAGCAGAUAAUAAACAAGAGUUUUUUUCCACUUUAUAAUGAAAUCUAAAGCCAUAUGCAGAAAAUAAUGUCAUUCAUCUUUUGUUUAUUAAUUUUUCUGGGAUUUUGCUUUUUUAAUGUACAAUGCUAAUAAAUAAAGUGCAGUUCUGCUUCCUCUCGCAGGACGAUCAAACCCAA